UGACAGCAGCUCUCCGCGGCAUUAGUGAUACCAGAGUGAUAUCACGGAGUGACACGCGGUGAAGAGAAAAUGAGGACGAUAAGAGCGGCUAAGAGAAGAACAGACCAUAUGUUUCGCUCCCGUUCGAGCAGAAAAUCGUGACACACAGCCUUAUCAAUCCUCGUCGUCAAGUCGUAAAAGUGUCCGCUGGCAACACAUUUUGUAAACAUGCCGAUUGCAUAUCUGACGCGGAAAGAAAUAAUGUCCUGUUGCCACCGUUUGCACAGCGAACAUCUGAGCGAACAGGACAACAAAUUGGUGUACGGAAAAUGCAACAAUUUUUGGGGACACGGUCACAAUUAUACAGUGGAAGUGACUAUUCGUGGACCUGUAGAUCCAAUAACGGGUAUGGUUAUGAAUUUAUCAGAUUUAAAAGUUUAUAUGGGAAACGUAUUGGGUCAUCUGGAUCAUAAAAAUUUAGAUAAAGACAUAGAUUACUUCAAAAACAUGGUAUCGACGACUGAAAAUGUCGCCAUUUAUAUAUUUGAAGAGAUAAGAAAACAUAUGCCAAAACCCGAAUUAUUAUAUGAAAUCAAAGUUCAUGAGACCGACAAAAAUAUUGUGUUUUACAGAGGAGAAUAGUUUAACUGUAAUUUAACUAUAUGUACUAUGAACUAUAGUUAUUUAUUUAGCAUAUUUAUUACGCUUAUAUGUUACACAAUAUACUAUUAAAUAUACGAUCGCAAAUAUCGUAAGCUAACAUAUACAGUUUUUAACAUUCUAAUUUUUAUUGGAGUUUUAUAUUGCACAACAUGACAAGGAAUAAUUUUGUAUUCAGCGUAUUGUUUUUCUUCCCUUUGUAAUUGUUACAUGUAUAUAGAGACUAAGGUAACUAAUAAGUCCUGAGUAUUAUUGAUUAAGUAUAUUUUACGAUAUACAUUCCGUAUAUAGCCAAUACGUAAAAUAUAAAACACUCGAUGGUGCAUAUUAUAAUUCUCGAUAACAAUUCACGUUACAGCACAUUUAUAAAAUAGUCCUUUAUAAAAAAGUCAACAAGAGAGGGGAUACUUAUCACAAUGAUUCUAUAAAUAAUUUACUAAUGUAUUAACGCGCGUUUAUAAUCAUAAAUAUUCCCAAUCUUUAUUCCCGCGCAUGUAUCAAUUUCUCCAACUCGUAUGUUGCUUUCAAUCUUCACACAUAUGAGUACAAUU